AUGCCGACGUGGCGCGCGAACUCAUCACACACCACAAAGGCUUCAACUGCAACUUGCUGGUCACUCAGGAUGCUGUCUUCAGAAGCAACCGUGGAAGCCAGUGGAGAGAGGCAGAUCGAGGCACAAAGUUCGCGGACGGUGACUUCUUGCUUUGGCACGGGCGGCACGCGGAGUCCGUGA